CUUGCUAUUCUUAAAACUCGACUCCGAGCCGCAGCAUCAGGGGAGAGAUAUUUGCCCUCCUGCCUCUAGCUUUGUCUAGUCAUAUGGUUGUUGUUGUUGUGAGUGAGUGAUUAGCAUUUGCUCUUUAUGCGAAAAAACCGAGAAGUCAGCCAUGAGCUCCAGCCUCGUCAACUCUUUAGCCAAAGUUUAUGACCCGAACCCUCUUCACGGUCAGAAGCCCGGAGGAAGGAAGCUCUCGCUCAGUGGAUCGGAAAAAUUUCAAGCCACUUCUUCUUCGUCUUCUUCGUCAUCUUCUUCCUUUCCCCACGAUGCUGCGCUGCGCUCUGUGGAGAGCCGGAUGGAUUCCCUUAGCUCCCAGAUGGAGCGCUUGCUCAGCAUGCAGCACACCGUCCUGACCCGCUUGGACGGCCUGUGCCAGGACGUCGGGGCGAUGGGCCGGGAUCUGGCCUCCAUGAGCAAGGACGGCCACGGGUCGGGAGGCGGAGAGACGUCGUGCAGGGGGCUGCGCGGGGCCGUGGAGAGCCAGGGACGCAGGCUGGACGGGGUGGAGAGGCUGGUGGAGGGCACCCAGCAGGUGAUCAGCUUCAUCGGGGAGGUGGUGAAGAGCUCCAGGCUGGUGGAGGUUCUCUUCAAACGGUCCGGGAACAAAAGCAACCGGAAGGCGAAGGAUGACAAGGAUAAAGCCAAGCUGAGCGUCAAGGGCUCGAAGGCCCAGAAGAAGAGGAAACCUCAGGACACAGACACCUCGUCGCUGAACGAGCCUGUGCUGCAGGAACAGGUGGAAAAGCUCAACAGACAGAACACUGAGCUUUCCCUUGUAAACACAGAGGCCGACGUCCAGAGGGGGGAGGACAGAGGGAGACAGGAGACCGCGGAGCUAAUUCUGGAUGGGACACGCAGCUCCGCCGCCCACCCACAGGAGAGGAAGAAGGACGCCACGGCGAGGCGGGAUGAGGAGGGAGAACGGGACGCCUUUGGGGAGAUCGGGCCCGAGGAGGAAGAGCAAAAGGAAGAAGACGCCAGUUCAGAAGAUGGUGGAAAAGAAGAGGAUGAUGUAGAAGAAAAGGCCAACAUCUGCAAGACCUCUCUUCUUCCACAGGAAAGCUCUGAGGACGCGAGCGACGUGGCCACUUGCAGCAAGCGCCGCGUCACAGAGGAAGACCUGGUGAAGGACGACCUCAAAAAAAGCAGAGUGGAAGGCAGCGAGGAGGGAAGUAGAGACGGACAGGCGGCGGUGGAGACGGGCGAGCCGCAGGCCUCCAAAUCCGACGAAGGAAAGACGGACGCCGACGAGGCAGCGAAGGAGGCGGACGCUGCGUCCAAGGAAUUUGUUCUCGACUUAAGUCCUCCACCCGUGGCCCCUUUCGACCACCGCAUCGUGACUCCCAAACCCCAUCAGAUCGCCACCUAUUACAGCAUCAACAGAGAAGAGGUCCUGGGAGGGGGACGGUUCGGUCAAGUCCACAAGUGCACGGAGAACUCGUCUGGCCUGACGCUGGCUGCCAAGAUCAUCAAGGCCCGGAGCCAGAAAGAGAAGGAUGUGGUGAGGAAUGAGAUCCAGGUGAUGAACCAGCUGAACCACGCCAACCUGAUCCAGCUGUACGCCGCCUUCGAGUCCCGCCACGACAUCAUCCUGGUCAUGGAGUACGUGGAAGGAGGGGAGCUGUUCGACCGCAUCAUCGACGAGAACUACAACCUGACGGAGCUGGACACGGUGCUGUUCAUACGCCAGAUCUGUGAAGGGCUCCAGUACAUGCACAAGAUGUACAUCCUGCAUCUGGAUCUCAAGCCAGAGAACAUCCUUUGUGUGAGCAGAGCGACAAACAAGAUCAAAAUCAUUGACUUCGGUCUGGCCAGAAGAUACAAACCCAGAGAGAAGCUGAAGGUCAACUUUGGAACACCUGAAUUUUUAGCCCCUGAAGUCAUCAACUACGAGUUUGUGUCUUUCCCCACGGACAUGUGGAGUCUGGGCGUCAUCACUUACAUGCUCCUCAGCGGUUUGUCCCCGUUCCUCGGGGACGACGACAACGAGACGCUGAACAACAUCCUGGCCUGUCAGUGGAACUUCGAGGAGGAGGAGUUCACGGACAUCUCCGACGAGGCCAAGGACUUCAUCACACGCCUGCUGGUGAAGAGCAAGAGCUGGAGGAUGAGCGCCACCGAGUCCCUCAGGCACCCGUGGCUGUCGGACCGGAGCCUCCACUACCGACUCAAUCAGAAGAAAACCAAGUGCCACUCCACACACGCUCCUCCUCCAGAGAGCUAGACAG